GGCGCACCUGCGCGGGCGGGAGGCGGGGCCGGGGAGCAGCCGUCCAGUGGGAGAGCGCGCGGAGGCGGGAGCGAGCCCCGGCCUGAGACCCCGCCGCCCACCCGGGACUGAGACCCAGCCAUGACCUGGAGCGCGUCGGCGCGGGGCGCGCACCAGCCGGACAACACAGCCUUCACGCAGCAGCGCCUCCCCGCCUGGCAGCCGCUGCUCUCUGCCGGCAUCACGCUGCCGCUCUUCUUCUGCGCCGGCCUGGCUUUCAUCGGCCUGGGCCUGGGCCUCUUCUACUCGUCCAACGGCAUCAAGGAGCUGGAGUACGACUACACCGGCAACCCCGGCACCGGCAACUGCUCGCUGUGCGCCGCCGAGGGCCAGGGCCGCGCGCCGCCACCCAACUGUUCGUGCUCCUGGUACUUCUCGCUGCCCGAGCUCUUCCCGGGCCCCGUGUACCUCUACUACGAGCUGUCCAACUUCUACCAGAACAACCGGCGCUACGGAGUGUCCCGCGACGACGCGCAGCUCAGCGGCCUGGCCAGCGCGCUGCGCCACCCCGCCAACGAGUGCGCCCCCUACCAGCUCAGCGCCACCGGCCUGCCCAUCGCGCCCUGCGGCGCCAUCGCCAACAGCCUCUUCAACGACUCCUUCACGCUGUGGCACCAGAGUCGGCCCGGGGAACCCUACUUCGAGGUGCCUCUCGACCGCACCGCCAUCGCCUGGUGGACCGACUACCACGUCAAGUUCCGCAACCCGCCCCUGGUGAACGGCAGCCUGAAGCUGGCCUUCAGCGGCACGGCGCCACCGCCCAACUGGCACCGGCCGGUUUACGAGCUCAGUCCGGACCCUAACAACACCGGCUUCAUCAACCAGGACUUCGUGGUGUGGAUGCGCACGGCCGCGCUACCCACCUUCCGCAAGCUGUACGCGCGCAUCCGACAGGGCAACUACUCGGCCGGCCUGCCCCGGGGUGCCUACAUUGUCAACAUCACCUACAACUACCCGGUGCGCACCUUCGGAGGCCAUAAGCUCAUCAUCUUUAGCAACAUCUCAUGGAUGGGUGGCAAGAACCCUUUCCUGGGCAUCGCCUACCUGGUCGUUGGCUCCCUCUGCAUCCUCAUGGGUUUUGUCAUGCUGGUCGUCUACAUUCGCUACCAGGACCAGGAUGACGACGACAACGAUGACGAGUGAUGCUGUUUCCCUAAGACCCUUUCUCCUGCUUCUUGGCCAAGCCGCUUUCAGCGGUGAUCCUUUGCUCCUUAACACAACAACUUCAAGCUCACCGAUUGUCUCAUGUGGGCAAAGGGCCUGGAGAAAGGAAUAACCCGCUUCCUCUUAGAGAUAAGACACUGCUGGGAUUUGAACUGUAGAGUGCCAGAUCUUAUGAUUUCUCCCCAUCUCCCUCAUGGCUUACUGAGUUGACGUGUCAGGUCUAUAGCAUUCCAGAGCAAAGGACACAGGAGAUUCCUGGACUGGAACUAGUUAGGACCAGCAGCCAGCAGUUGGAUCCUAAUUCUGGUCUAAGAUUCUGUUCCUUCAGUAACAUGUAUUUCUGGGAGGGAUGUGUAGGUUACUAAAGGGCUGGGAUGAAGAGUGUUACCCACUGAUGGCCUACAGAAACUUGGAGGAGUGGGGAAACAUAUUUGUUAAAAUAUAAGUCGAUGAAGAGGCAUUGAGCCUCUCAGGUUCUGACCCAAGAACGCCAGGGUGGGCAGCCUUCACUGAAGAGUCUGCCUUUCCUGAAGAGCCUCUGUGCCCUUGAAUUUGGGAGUCUUGAGCCAGGAAGCACUCGGGUUUUUCCAGUAAUAAUCUGUUACCGUGAACAGUGACAAUCACAGUACUCCGGUUUGGUCUUAACACAUAGGAAGCUUCCAUUCUGUGAAUGAAUGAGAAUAAUUGCUAACUCUAGGAAACUAGCAUGCAGAUCUGCAGGGCAGGAGUGUGCCAACUCGUAACUGAAUGUAAAAGCAAACUUCACAAGACACUGUAAAAACUUGAAAAUGCAAGGCCAGUUCUCGUGGCUCAGGGGGGAGUGUCCAAACCUUAGAAACUGAGUUACAAAUGAUCUUAGCCGCAAGCUGUUUUCCUGGGACCCUGAGUGUCUCUUGCCUCUUUGCUCAGGCUCUUUUGACUCCUCAUCUUUUUUUCUUUCUUUCUUUCUUUCUUUCUUUCUUUCUUUCUUUCUUUCUUUCUUCCUUCCUUCCUUCCUUCCUUCCUUCCUUCCUUUCUUUCUUUCUUUCUUCCUUUCUUUCUUUCUUUUUAUGCUUAAUGCUUAAUUCAUUCAUAUCAUUUUCACAAAGAACUAUCUUAAACACAGUUUUAAUGUAGUCACAAAUGAAAUCCAUGUCUAGUGAUCCUGUUUAAAGAAUGCCAAGAGUUAUAUUUUUCUAGGCAAAGUAGACUCAGGAUUGUUUCUGCCUUAAUGUUAAAAUCAUUCAGCUGAUUUUAUUUGAUUGCCCACAGUAUAAAGCUAUAUGAAUACAGGUACAAUAAAGGGACUUUUUAAAAUGUUAAAGUCCUCCUUUUAUGGAACAACAAUGUAAAAGAACUUAAAAAUAAAAUGUUUCAUUAUACCAUCUUCUAGGCUCCCUGAAGAAAACAGUUUCUUGGUAUUUGUCAGGGUCUCUGGUCCUAGCUCCUCAGUGCAGAUAUUUUCAGGUUAUGGGUAGGUAUACUUUCAUUCCUCAAAGGCAGUAGUACAUGGUCAUGAAGUAUGUUUUAUUUUUAUGGCAGUCAAAGAUUGAGUUGUACUGAAUAAUUUCCAUUCAUUCCCUCAUUCUUUGUAGUUGAUACUUGUCUUGGGUGCACAGCAUGUCUGUCUAAGAUUGUCCAGGUCAAAGGUGACUUAAAAUAAUCUUGUCUCAUUUUAAUGUAUAUCAGAAAAUUCUUUAGUAAUUUCAGUGUGCUGGCUUUCUGACUUCUGAAUGUGAUAAAAUUUAAUGUCAGAUCACAUACUGUGAUUUUUGAAUAUGAAAUGCUGAUCACUGCAUGUACUUUUAGAAAGUUUUAUUUAUGAUGAAUUCUUGGUUGACCACCUCUUUUUUUUUCUCACUAUAUAAUUGAAGGUAACUGUGUUUUGCUAUCAUUUGUAGAACAUCGAGUCUUUUGUUAUAAAUUUUAAUGUGAGACCAUGGAGCUUAAAGUCCUGUGAUUAAAUCGUAGUUCCAGGCCUUGUUUUUAGGAUUUUGGAAGAGAAUAAAGGUUGUGUUUGUCUUUCUCUGUUA